AUGAAAUUGUCCUGCUCGUUGUGUCUGCUGUGGGUGGACGCAACGCUAGGUUUCAGCCGCGGCAGUGAUGGCGCGAUUGAGUUACUCGACAAAGGCAUACAGUUGCUUUGCCCACACUCGCCGGACGGCUCACGGACCUGCCCGAACAGUCGCGUCCGGCUACUGCCCGACCGACGCUACCUGUAUGAACACGCCGACCUUACACAGAUGGUCAGUCGGUGCGAAGACGUACAAUACUUCCUUCCCCCCUGUCUGCCCUACUCGCCGCCUGCGGGCGACUCACCGCCUGCGGGCGACUCACCGCCUGCGGGCGACUCAGCCGCGGCGGGCCGCUCCAAUGCCGCUACUGAAACAGUUUCGUAUAACGUCUCCGACGGCGGCAUUCUUCGCAGCGAGUCAACUCGCAGUCGAGGCGGCUUAGUGCCUCAUAUGAUUGGUUCGAUUCUGGGCGGUGCCGUCCCCCCUGUUCCGUCCCUGUACAUUCCGCCGGCUCUGGUCUCUCCACUGGACAAAAUUCGUGCGUAUAUUCCCGGAUCACGUACCUAUUACAAUUCGUCACAAAGCGUCCCAGUGGAGGGGGCGGAGGUAGGGACGGAGGCAGUCGAAGGUGAGUUUGGUCACAUCGUCUUGCCAACUGAACCAGAAGGAUCGCGUCCCAUUGCUUCUAAGUUCUUGUAUUCGGCGAUUCUAGCGAUGGUACGAGUGAGGUUCUUGGACUGCGCCGUGUCUCUGGACGAGGUGGAGUCGGAUACUUUGGACUUCGAGGAGAUCACGAACGACCGUAGGUUCUACCCGUUCCUAAAAAAAAGAGUGCUCUUCGCUCACUCGGACUUGCUGGAGCGAGCGCCAUUUCAUCUUCGUAACGAAGAAGCCGGCCCCGAGACCGGACGAAGGCCAGACAAGCAACGAAGGUCGGGGGUCUAUGAAGCGGGCAGCGGGACAGUCCCUGGGAGGGUACCCCCUAAGGCUCGAGACCGUUGGUGGUUCAGCGACGACACGAACGAAUUGGACGACUUCAUGGGAACCCCGCUUCGCACGGACUCAUCUCGGCUAGACCGGGAAGCCCAGAGCGACAGCAGACGACAACACUCCGGCACCCCGUCUUCCAAAGGCGGGUAUGCGCGACCGGAAAGUCGAACGCAAACAUAUGCAACUCGUUCGAGUUCGCGUGACCAAACUUCUUCCGACCGCCGUUCCUUCGAGCCCAGCUCUUCCGAUUCCGAUUCGCGGCGCAACUCCCGUCCUCGGAAUCGCGAUGCGGACCAUUCAAGCGGUGCUGGGCCGAUGCCUUUGGCGCCGACCCUUCUUGGAACAAAGCCGGCGAGUCCCCCCGACUUCUCCGGUUCCGGCGGACCUCGGACUCGUCGUAUUCUCACCAAGGUCAGACGGAAGCUGAGAGAUCGGUACCUCGCCAGAGGUGCGGACUCCACGGUAGACCCUGCCGUAGACCCUUCCGUCGUAGACCCGACCCGUGGCCCUGGGGGUCGCGGACACGGUGGGGAAGAGCGCAGACAGGCCCGAGAGGACGAAGUGGUGGUGCUGUGGAGCAAUAAGACCAUAAUACCGGGAGACAGCGACGCCCGCGUGGUGUCGAACAAGCACUCCUAUAUCUUCCGCGUGGACCCUGACAUUGUGCUGCCCGGUAUCUACCCGAACGAGGUUUUCAACGGAGCUGUGCCACACAGCGGAGGACUCGUGCCGCCUUUCAGUCCUUUCGAGCGUAGCCCGCACUCCCUGAAGGUCUCGACCACCCGCGGAUCGGUCGGGGUCGGGUCGGACGGGGUCGGGUCGGUCGGGACCGGGUCGGUCCCUGUUGGGCCGAGCGCGGUUAAGAUCUCCGCGAGUGCCUUGACGAUGACAGCCCCCUCUGUAGCCCGGGUUAACGGCACGUCUUUGGGCAUCCCCCCAGUCGUUCGCACUGUGCCCGUCCUGCCGUGGGACAUCGGCCAAACGGAGCCUUCGAGCACUGGGGCGGGUUUGGUCGCAGAAACGGGAACAGAAGCCGCGGCUGCGAGGGUGUCAGCCCCGGUCGUGAAGGUGCCCGUUAUCCGCGCACCCGUCAUCGCGGCCGGCGACCAGUCGGGCUUAUCGGCGGCCGACUUAUCGGCGCACGGCGCUCGUGUUUCCAUGCCGACUUCCGGGUCGUCUGUGGCUUCGAAGUUCUAUCCUUUCGGCAGGCCCCCAAGUCUCGACACUGGAACCUCAACAUCUCCCCAACCUUCCUACUCUCAAGCCUUUUAUUCUCAAGCCUCUUACACGACGACCGCCUAUACGACGGCCUCUCUGCCCAAGCCGUCAGCCGCAGCGACUUUCAGUAGUUUGUCUGUUCCGGUUGUGAGUCAAGCAACGGGGGACUCGCCUACUGCAACGGCGGCGGGGUCCCAGGAGGACGAGAAGGCGCCGAAGGGAAAGACGCUGGCAGGGGACGAGGUGGAUCACGAGAAGUUCUGGACGCAAUACCUGAUGGGGUGGAGAACCAUUUCGCGGUUGCGGGCGAAGGAAUGGUAUAGUCUAAUCUUCGGCAAGAACGACACGCGCUACGUCCCGGGUGUUACGGACUAUUUGAUCGAGAGCGAAAUUCUCGACCAGGAACUCCUUCUCGAGGCCCAGGGCGACCGAAGCGACAGAGUGGACGACGAUCCAGUUGAACUGCUCGGCAGUCCGGAGGCUCUCAGCCGCUACUUGGAGACUCUGAGCGAGAUGGAUCGAUCUGAACCGUUCCGCGACGAGUUCGCCGAAACUGUCUCCGAAUUCUCGGAAGCCGAGUUCUCGGUUAAAGAGGCGGCCGAGGAAGAGGAGUUCUCGGAUGAGUCGUCGGAAGAGCAGUGCCGGAAUGCGGGAGAGCUCUCUCAAGAAGACAACAGCCAUGUUUUGUUUUAUGCAAGCGACUUCGGUCUUGGCUCCCUAAAGAAUAAGUCCGUGAUGAGUGAGCCCGUGGUGAGUGAGUCCGUGGUGAGUGAGUCCGUGGUGAGUGAGUCCGUGAUGAGUGAGUCCGUGGUGAGUGAGCCCGUGGUGAGUGAGUCCGUGGUGAGUGAGUCCGUGGUGAGUGAGUCUAGGGGGGGUAAAGGGUUGGCGGGAACGCGUCCAUCUGCGGUAGUGCUGAGCUCUGUGGAACGCGGCUUGGUAGAAGAGGCGGUGCGCCGGAAGGGAGGAUUGGAGACGGAGUGGCGGACUGGCGAGACUUCUAGAGGCGAGACUUCUAGAGAGAUUUCGAAGGGCGCCGCGUUCGAAAUUCCAGGUAAUUACUAUUACUAUGAGAACGAUGCGGAGAGUCACUACCACCCGGUGAAUGUAUGCAGUCUGGAUCGGCCGUGUACUUCAGCGCCUGAGGAGUUCCGUUACACGGUAGCUUAUGACUUGAUGCAUUCUCUUGAUCCUUCCGUACGGAAUCGUCGAGCGCGUCGAGCCAUUGUGGAGGAGUCUAGGAGAAUUGUUAAGGGGCUGAUUAGCUUGGCAAUGGUUUGGGCCCACAGUUGGGAGAACGUGAGGAAGCACUGGCUUUAUUACCCGAACUUGUCCUUUACGAACCUGUACGUCGUGAACGGAACCUUGUUCUGUGAUAUGAGUCAUAACGCCGUCACUUACUCACCAAGCAGCAGUUUGCCAGCAACCCGUUGGAAACAGGGCACUACGGUCGCGCCAGGCGGUACCUAUCCGGGCGGUCUUUACCGCGGUGUACAUGUAAUGUACGGACGAACCGCCGGACAGCUUAGUAACGAUCUACCCACCUAUAUGGCAGUACUGAAGUCCAGUAUGACUAGAAUUACUCAAGAACUUGGUCGGUAUACCAGUCUCGCCGAACACGUUUUGUACUCCUGGAGUACUCCAAGGCAGGACAUUUUGAGUAAAUACCAAAGACUUAUUUCCGCCGUUAAGAACCUCCAGCAAUGGCAGGUUAACCCGAAGGGAAUCGACUAUGUCUCCACCAUCAUCAAGAACGAAACACUGUGGGAAGGUACCCCCACGAGGCCCUCAAUCGACGACAUUGGUCAACUGCAGGUGAGUCCGAGAUAUUUCGGUCAAGCACAACUGAGCCUGAUAGCGCCGCUGCUUUGGGGCAAAAUCCGCCUGCUUGCAACGCCAGAUUCAGAACGACUUCCGCAAAUCGGUAUGGAUACUCUCAUAUUCCAUGGACGCGUGGCGAAAAACCAACUCGUUGAUGCCUGCACUGGGGAAGAGGUUCUUGAAGGCGCGCCAGUGGUCAUCAAGCACCUGAAAGUGAAUCCCGGCGUUACAGAAGGCCAUGCAAUGGCUUUAUGGAAAUAUCAGUUCUUGACCGCACGCGUGUGCUAUAAGAAUCUGAACCUUCCUGAACAACUCAGAAACAUCAUCGCUCACCCCUACAUACCAUAUAAGGACCCCCAUCAUCUCGUUAUAUUCGAACAGCACGUACAAGGAGUUAACUUAUACGAGUUUAUUCAACGGUUGGACUGCGUCGAUAUCGCAUGGACUAUAAAUGCUCUCCGUCGUGUUUUCGUACAGUUAAUGAAGUUUUGGGAUACUGGAUUCCGCCACAACGAUUUAAUGUUGUUUAAUGUAGUGGUUAUACCGAUCGAGAAUGACCAAGUUGAUGUUCGUCUUGUGAAUCUGAAUGAUCUUUCUUACAGCCCAAAUGCCAUCGAACCGAAGAUACUCAAACAGUGGAAAAGGGCUUUUACUGUGCCUCCCCACCAUUUGUGUCAUCGCUUGUUUCUGGAAAUGAAGGUUCUGCGGGAAUACCCUAACCCGGAUGAUUUCUUCAACCAGUUUAAAAAUCUGCUCACGUCUCUAGCCCGACUCUUAAGAGAACCUGACGUUUAG